AUGCUCGGAGACGCAAAGGCUCCUGUGCGGCGAGGCUUUGCGGUUGCUCGGCUGAUCUUCUUGGUGAAGGCGUUGGUGGUUCAUGCCAGCACUGCGAUCUCCUUGGUGCCGUUGGAUGGAGACCUCGUGUUCUUGGACUGGGCUCAUGGGCUAGUCCCGUUUGGUUGGCCCUAUGUUCGAAACUGGCUUCUCCUCUGA